CCGACAACAAACAAAAGAUCGAGGUUAGCCAUACUGUGUCGAUGUCUACCAGCUCUAAUCAUAUCUGCGAGAUAAAUCGUGUCGUAUAUUUUCAGUUUGUCCUAAAAACGCUUUAGCGAGAUGGGUUUUCUUCGUUAAAUUUGUCGUUGUAUGUGUUUAGCGAAUGUCAGAUAUUGAGCCAUUUUUGCAAUACGCGUAUUUAGUUUGCUAGCUUGUUUUGUGGCUAGCAUUAGCUAGCAGCGUUAGCUUUUAAAAUACUUGACAGUUUGUGGAGGCGUUUGACUUAGUUACGUUAUUUGAAUCGGUGGCUGACACGUCUUUCUAACUUAAAUAAMCCCGUUUGUUCGCCAUGUCUGGACAGUCAUCGGGCUGUGGGUUUCUUAUGUCGGUUGUUGUUCACGGAGACUCGGCUCUGAACGAGCAGGAAAAUGAGCUCAACCAGCAACUCAGACGGCUCUAUCCAGCGGUAAACGAACUUGAAACCCCGCUUCCUCGAUCCUGGAGCCCGAAGGACAAGUUCAGUUACAUUGGCCUCUCUCAGAACAAUCUUCGAGUGCACUAUAAAGGUCAUGGAAAGACCCCUAAAGAUGCGGCAUCCGUACGAGCCACUCAUCCCAUCCCAGCUGCCUGCGGGGUCUACUACUUUGAGGUGAAAAUCAUCAGUAAAGGCCGAGAUGGGUACAUGGGUAUCGGUCUCUCGGCUCAAGGUGUCAACAUGAACAGACUCCCUGGUUGGGACAAACACUCGUAUGGUUACCACGGAGAUGACGGCCACUCGUUCUGCUCCUCCGGCACGGGGCAGCCCUACGGCCCCACGUUCACUACAGGCGACGUGAUUGGCUGCUGCGUCAACCUCAUCAACAACACCUGUUUCUACACAAAGAAUGGCCACAGCUUAGGAAUAGCCUUUACCGAUCUACCGCCCAACCUGUACCCCACAGUGGGGCUGCAGACCCCUGGGGAAGUGGUGGAUGCCAACUUUGGCCAGCACCCAUUUGUGUUCGACAUCGAGGACUACAUGCGCGAGUGGCGGACUAAGAUCCAGGCCCAGAUCGACAGGUUCCCCAUAGGGGACAGGGAGGGAGAGUGGCAGUCCAUGAUCCAGAAAAUGGUGGCAUCCUACCUGGUCCACCAUAGUUACUGUGCCACAGCCGAAGCCUUUGCCAAAUCCACAGACCAGGCUGUGCAUGAGGAACUGGCCUCCAUUAAAAACCGACAGAAGAUCCAGAAGCUGGUGUUGUCAGGCAGAAUGGGAGAGGCCAUUGAGACCACCCAACAGCUGUACCCCAGCCUACUGGAGAGUAACCCCAACCUCUUAUUUAUGCUGAAGGUGAGACAGUUCAUCGAGAUGGUGAAUGGGACGGACAGCGAGGUGCGCUGCCUGGGAGGCCGCAGCCCCAAGUCCCAGGACAGCUACACGGGCUCGCCCCGCCCCUUCAGCAGCCCCAGACAGAAAGCAAGYGGCUCCCAGGCCUACCUCACAGGAUUUGACGGUGGCUGUUGUAAUGGGGUGAUGUCCAGUAAGACCCACCCCUCCCCCCACAGUCACAAGCCCUGCCCCCCGGGCCCAGCCCUCCUUGCACCCGCUGCUGAGCUCAGCUCCCUCAAUGGCAGCCACAGCCUGCAGCAGCCCAACGCCAGUACUGAUGUGGACAUGGAGGUUGACCACUUCACCAACGGAGUGACCGAGUCCUCCUCCAAUGGCUUCUUCAAUGGCACUUCCAAACACGGUGCCCAGACAGAGGACUGUGACGCAGACAUGGAGGUGGAGUCAGCCCAGUCCAAGAGGCAGCUGUGCGGGGGAAGCCAGGCAGCCAUAGAGAGGAUGAUCCACUUUGGCCGGGAGCUCCAGAGCAUGAGUGAGCACCUACGCCGAGAAUGCGGCAAGAACUCGGUCAACAAGAAGAUGCUCAAGGAUGCAUUCAGUCUGCUGGCCUACUCGGACCCGUGGACUAGCCCAGUGGGCUACCAGCUGGACUCUAUCCAGAGGGAACCGGUGUGUUCCACACUCAACAGUGCAAUUCUAGAGACUCAUAACCUGCCCAAGCAGCCCCCUCUGGCCCAGGCUGUGGGACAGGCCGCCCAGUGCCUGUCCAUCAUGGCACACUCUGGAAGUGGCUCCUGCGCCUUCGCUGCUGUGGACGAUUACCUGCACUAGCCCCCCACACACAGGUCCCCCACCUUCACACAAACUCAAUCUGGAUCCCUCCACUCCCCGGGCUAGCCAAGGCUACUUUCAGAUUCUCCAACCUCCUGAAGUGUUCACUCAUGCAUUGGAUUGGUGCAAGAAUGCCUGGAAGGAGUUUCCACCAUAUUCCUCACAGCAGUCCAUUCCUUUGAAAUCCAUGAGGGGGAGUGUACGAGUGCACUCUUUGGGAUAGGGUGGAGAAUCGAGACGUCGCCCAAGUCUCACAGGAACCCUGAUGCAGUCACACAAGUUUGCCCACGUAAUUUUGGUUGAUAGGGAGAAGGGGAAAAUUGCAAAGACUAGCCAACUAGUAAAUUCACCUCUGAUCUGUGUGACUGUGGCAAACCAUGCAGGAUUUUCAUAUGCCCAAACUACUGUGCGAAGGUGGAGCACCCUGGUCUGAAGAACAAGSAAUGGCUUUCCAGUGACCGCAUAACACCAACCCAGUCAACAUAUGUUGACACUCCAUUUGCCAACCCAAAACGUGGUCCGUUUAAACCCCUGACCAACUAUACCAACCAGACAAGCCAGGCCCGCAGAAGACGUGAAUAUUCCGACCCAUUCUAGUGCAUUUGCACCUGGGUUUGGAGUACGCUAGCCGAUCCCACCUCGAGAAACCAACUCCUUGGUGGCGCGAAAGACACACCCAAACCCCAUGGCAUCAGUGACUGGUGACACAUGUGGAUUGAAGACUGAAGAAGCCAGUGAGAGAAUCUAGUCUUAACUUUUGUCUUAAAAAAAAAAAAAAAAAAAAAACUUGUUUAUUUUGGGGAGGGUGGGUAGGCUCUGUUAACACUUCCUGGUUUACAAGGCAUGGUGAUUUAUUAUUCUAGCUAAUUAUAUUCUUACUUGCAUACACAGUAUAUUUGUUGAGCGCCGGCAAGAGUGAAUUCCACCAAAUAAUAAAGGUCCCAAUCCCACCACUCCUUACUAGUGACAAGUGUCAGCUUGUGUACACGUUAACAUUUCUAUGAGUAAAAUAUCAAUAAUGAAAUAUUUAGCUACCAAAAGAAAGGAAAAAAAUAUAUAUACCCUCAAAUCUUCACACUGAGUGUUUAGAAUCCUUUGUGGUGUUAGUCUCUGAAACGUUGUUAUACUGUGGUUGAAGUUUAAUUAACCCUUUCCAUGGCUACCCCAGUACCCACCCCCCUCCUCCAACUGCACAGCAGGUCUGAUAAGUUAUGACAUUUUAUUUCCUAAUGUAUUCAUUCAUGGCAUUACAUAUCCUUUAGCCACGAAGAACUCAUGAGCCAUAAGCCCUUUCUUGAUUUGACUGCUGAGAUUGUCUCAGUUAAUAAGUUCUAAAUGAACGUGUGUCUGUAAUGAAGGGCUUUUCAGACUUUUAAAUCCCUCAAAAUGUUUAGCAGAUUAGCCUUGUGUUGAACCGGUAGUGAGCUAGCGCCUAAGCUCUCUUGAUGAAUGUUAGCCUCCCAGAAUAGGUAUUGUCCUGGUUUGGGGCUAACCAUAGCAGCUUGUGAUGGCUAACUUGGUCAAGAGCAGGCUUGUUUAAGGUUAACCUUGCCCCCCCCCCAUUAGCCUUUUCAUAGCUAACCACAUCCCAGGGAAGCAAAUGUUGGGAUAAUGGCAUGUUUGAGAUAGCGUCAAGAUUCUGCAGAGAUCUUCACAAUACCUGGAGAAGGGUUUUAACCUACAAAUUUACUAUAAUGAUCCUAUACUCUGCAAAAUCUGUAUAUCAAACAUGCACAUUUUCAGGUGUGAAAAGCCCUUAUAGGCUGCUUUUGUCAGAACACUUGUCAUCAACCCAACAAAGACUUGGGCCGGGAAUCAAAGGCGACAGCAUAGCACUUGAGCCAACAUCUGCAGCGUCUGAGACUUUGCCUUUUAACAGGCAAAUUGUUCCCUUGCAAUGAGCUUUCCUACAACGCGCCUUUGAUUGAAUCCCGGCCUUACUCUUUCCUAGUUUUUGUUUACCGGAUCUCCUUUAGUACUCUCAACAGCAAAAUGGAAAAUAAAAUAGUAUUGUCAACUGCA